AUGGCGUUCCGCGGCGCAGCCUCCCGCUCCUUCCUCGCCGCCGUCCGCGGCCGCACCGCCUCCACUGUCCCGCGCGUACGCGCGGCCCCCAUUCCCGCCGCCCUUCCCCGUCGCAUCCCUGCCUCGGCGCCCUCCUCCCCUCUCGCCGCCGCAAGGCCAUUGGCGGCGUUGAUGGGGUCGCCGGCGUUGGUUGCCGCAAGGCUGACGGGGCACUGCGCGGCGAGCGCGCGGGCGUGCUGUGAGCUCUCCCAGGGUACCCUCUUCUGCCGCACUUGUCAGGAUCGCUAA